AUGCUAUCUCACGCCGACCUCCUGGACGCCCGGCUCGACUAUCCGAACAUCUUCAUGCGCGAGGAGCUGGCCCUCCGUAUCGGCCUCACCGAGUCCCGCAUCCAGGUCUGGUUCCAGAACCGGCGGGCCAAGUGGAAGAAGCGCAAGAAGACCACCAACGUGUUUCGCGCCCCCGGCACGCUGCUGCCCACGCCAGGCCUGCCCCAGUUCCCGUCUGCUGCCGCGGCUGCGGCCGCCGCCAUGGGCGACAGCCUGUGCUCUUUCCACGCCAACGACACGCGCUGGGCCGCGGCCGCCAUGCCGGGGGUGUCGCAGCUGCCCCUGCCCCCGGCGCUGGGCAGGCAGCAAGCCAUGGCGCAGUCGCUGUCGCAGUGCAGCCUGGCGGCGGGGCCUCCGCCCAACUCCAUGGGCCUGUCCAACAGCCUGGCGGGCUCCAACGGCGCCGGCCUCCAGUCGCACCUCUACCAGCCCGCCUUCCCCGGCAUGGUGCCCGCCUCCCUGCCCGGCCCCAGCAACGUGACGGGCUCGCCGCAGCUCUGCAGCUCCCCGGACAGCAGCGACGUGUGGCGGGGAACCAGCAUCGCCUCCCUCCGCCGAAAGGCGCUAGAGCACACAGUGUCCAUGAGCUUCACCUAA